AAAUCUUAACUUCUUUUCAAAUAAAGUACCGGUCUUCAAGGUUAUGAUCUCUUACUGUCAUCCUAACGAAUCCUUAAGUCAUCCCUGGGCUAAUAACGGUCUUAACAGAUGCUUCGUCAGCACUCUAUCUUCCAGCGUCCUUUGUAUUUUAUUUCUGGUUCCUGGAUUCGUUCAGGCAUACAUCUACCGAAAACAUGGUCAACCUAUUACUAAUAGUUUGAGAUCCAGGUCUAAGUUCUUAUACUUUCACAUAUUGUUGUCACUAACCAUCCCAUUUCUUUAUCUCUCUCAAACAAUGGUUUUUGCGUUCAUGAAUGACUUGGAGCAUGUGUAUGGAUAUAUGACAUAUUCUGUUAUAGUUAUGUUUAUCGUUUGGCCACUCUCUGCAUAUAUUUUACGCACUGAGUGCUCCUACGUCCUUUUAAACUUUGAAGGGAGGAGUCAUGGUCUGCUUCUGUUAUGCUUCUGGACAUUAUCAUUCCUACUAGCCUUCCUGCCUUUGGUAUCCAUUUCUAACAGCGACUGGUGGUGGAACUUGUCAAGUGACGCAAAUGUGGUCGAGUUCACCUUAUGGGUUUUGUACGCUUUUUGUGUAUCAUUCGUCUUCAUAUUGGGUAUAUGGGCUCCAGGCCUCCCAAGCUACUUUGCAGUCUAUGAGUUUCUCCAGUCGAAUGGUCAAAACUCGUUGAGUAAUGGAAAUAUUUGGGUUCAGCGCAUCCGUAGGUUCAAAAUCGUAUCACCGUUUAUCUGGCCAAGACGUCACAAGACCAUACAGCUUAGAGUAUUUUCUUGUUUUGUAUUACUAAUUGCUGGGCGAAUCGUCAAUUUAUACUCACCAAUUUUGUACAAAGAUAUAGUAAACAGUUUGUCCGAAGUUGACAAUUCCACCGGAACAUUAUCUUUUGAACAGAAUCUCAUCAUGAAACCAUCUCCGUAUACGAUAUUUACUGCUGUAUCCAGUCAUACUGGGUUGAUUUAUCGUUGGGAUUAUGUUCUUUUAUUUGCUUUAUUACGGUUACUUCAAGGGCUGGGUGGUUUAGGUGCUGGUCUUAUAUCUGCUUUACGUUCUCAAUUAUGGAUAGCAGUUGAUCAGUUUUCAACAAGAGAAUUAAGUGUAAUGCUCUUCAAACAUAUCCAAAGACUUUCUUUAAAAUGGCAUUUAUCCAGAAAAACUGGUGAGGUGUUAAGAGUAAUGGAUCGUGGAACAGCUAGCAUUUCAAAUAUUCUAUCAUAUCUUGUAUUUAAUAUCAUACCAACUGUAUUGGAUAUAAUCAUUGGUGUAGUAUAUUUUGUCACAGCUUUCAAUAUUUGGUAUGGAUUGUUAGUUUUUGUGACUAUGCUUAUUUACCUUAUUUCCACAGUGCUAAUUACUGAAUGGAGAGCGAAAUUUCGACGUGAAAUGAAUAAUUUAGACAAUCAAAAAAACACUAAAGCUGUUGAUUCAGUGUUGAACUUUGAAACUGUUAAAUAUUAUAACGCUGAACAAUUUGAAACGGAUCGUUAUAAUCAAGCAUUUUUAGAUUAUCAAAAAGCUGAUUGGUGGAAUGCAUUUACUUUAAAUCUACUUAAUACAGUACAAAAUAUAGUAAUUAGUGUUGGAUUUAUGUUUGGUGUAUUGUUAUGUGCUCGAGAUGUUGUUAAUGGAGUAUUGACAGUUGGACACUUUGUUUUAUUUUGUACAUAUAUUAUUCAACUUUAUUCACCAUUAAGUAUCUUUGGAACAUAUUACAGGCUACUACAAACAAGCUUUAUUGAUAUGGAAAAUAUGUUUGAUUUAUUAGAACAAGAAUUAGAUGUUGCCGAUGCACCGAAUGCUCAAGCAUUAAUUGUCAAAGAAGGUGCUGUUGAGUUCAAUAAUGUCUGCUUCUUUUACAACCCAGAUAAUUCUUUCCAUGUUCAUGGAGCACUUUUGGUGCUGAUCGCGUUCUAUCGAUCAAGUUGCAAUAUGGUCAUCAAUCGAAAUGACUAUAUAUUCCAGCGACCAUCUUUGAAUGUUAGGUAGUUCAUGACAAUUGUGAGGAAGUUCUUCACCGAGGCUUCAUGUUAAUUAGUAUUAAUCGUUAAGGUCAAUUUGCUAUCCUAAGAGAAAUGAUGCUUUUUUUUUACCCCGAAUCACUUAUCAUCGAAAUGUAGCAGGAUUCGACUUACGUACUAUUAGAUAAAAGUGUUGUGAUGUGCAGUCGUCCGAGUUAGCUACUGAAAUUUUCGCUUCCUCUAUGCAUACCCAAACCACCUACUUGAGUAAGGAAAUCAAGCGAGAAUGGGAAGCUUUUAUUGGUUAGUAGAUUCGAAAAUAUAUGCACAACUUAUGGAAAUUUAUUUGCUUCCUCCAAUCAAAGCAAGAGACAAUCUAAACAAAUAUGGAGACAGUGAGGAGUCAAAGUCCAUCAAUAACCAACCAAGAUAAACAUUGACAGGACAAGAUUUUAGUCAUAUGUGAAAAACUUCGAAACAAAUUAAAUUUUAUGAUGGCUAGUACUAAUAUUGGGCUGCCUAAAGUGAAUUAAAUCGAGCGGAAUUCAAACCUGGAUUUUAUUACUUGAAAGUAAGAUUGACACAGCCACUAAGACAGACUGUCGUAAGCAACGUAGAACCUAGGAUAUACGUGCAUCGGUUCGAGUUGCCAUACCAUAUGAGCGCAGUGCGGUGAGAUUAUUCAACAAAAUUCAAGAGCAGUAGUGGUAUCAGUUGUAAUAGACAAGAUUAGAGAUAAAUAGUAUGUUUCAAGAAAAAAUGAAAAAUUAUUCCAAGACUGAAGAUCUAGGUGAAGACAGAGUAGAUAUGUCUGCAUCACUACAUCCCAUUCUGGACCUCGUCACCCAACGUCUGCAACUACCAGUUGCGAUAGUCAAUCAAAUCCCAACCAAGUAGUAUGCAUCUGCUGGACAGUAUACUCAUCCGAUUGGCAGAUGGACAUGUCACCUGAUCCAUAGGUGAUGGAAGUUAUCAGAAUCGAAGUGAACCUUCUAGAUCCGUACCGAUGUUUCUUCCGAUGCAAACCCACGAGGACUGAUGAGACUCCCAAGAUGAUUGAAGUGGUCUAUGUGCGCGACUACUUCAUUGGAUAUUGUUACUGCGGACCAGUUCCCAAACAAUAUUUUUGAUCUAGAGAGAGAGGGGGGAAUGGAUAUAAAACAUUGUUACAUUGUUGAUCAAGGCAAUCAAAGACUGCAUUUGUUUCAUCUACAACUGCAACAAAGUACUCAGUCAUAAGUUUGAUUGCUUUGUAUUCAUUCUAGAACUUGCACAUGAGAAUUUCGGUGGACAAUACACCAACGUUGUGUGAUAGUAACUACAAUCCUUAAUUGUAUAAUGCUUCACAAUUUUCUGUAUGUUAUCUGAUUACAUACCCCCGUAAGGAUUCAUAAAGAUUAUGAAUUAUUUCGAGGUUUAUUCACAACAUGUGUUUACCAAUUCACUGAUGACAAUCAAGGUAUGCUGAGAGCUUUUUUACCAAUUCCGUGUUAGUCACUUCACUGUUAAAGUGAAGGGAAGCCCAGCUAGAUGUUUACCCAUAAUUUAGAACAUGCUAGUGGUCACAGAAAUUUACUUUCCUGAUUUGGAAUAUUAAACUUAAUUCAACUCAACUUUCAAUCAAGAAGAAUCUUCUUACAUCCCAAUUUUAUACAUGGUUAACUGCCUUCUUAUUUCAUUCAGGCGUCCAAUUUUAAAAAAUGUAUC